GUCAGCGCAUGCGCAGUGGCGCUGGUGGUGGCCGCCGGCGGGUGGCUGUGGAGGCGCGCGCUGCUGCGGGAGCCGGAGUUUGGCGCCGAGACGCCGUGAGGCGGAGGGACAAAAGGCGGCCUCGCUAUCAGAUUUCAAAGAUCCCAGUGUUCAGAAGUUGCGUCAGAUCUGUUUGCUAGACAUCACAACAUAAGAUCAACAGUGGAAGGUUUCGAAGAGUUAGCACCUGUGACGUUUGAAGAUGGUGAAGCCGGAUAUUCACACUUUGGCCCAUCACCUCAAACAAGAGCGUCUCUACGUGAACUCCGACAAGCAACUGCUCCAGCGGUUAAAUGCUGACGUGCUGAAAACUGCUGAACGACUCUAUCGCGCAGCAUGGAUUGCAAAACAGCAACGGAUUAACCUGGACCGCCUUAUUCUAACCAGUGUUGAAGCAUCUCCUGCAGAAUGUUGCAACCACGCCAAGGUCUUGGAGAGCACGCAGUUUGUGGACGGAUACAAACAACUGGGAUUCCAAGAGACGCUUUACGGGGAGUUUUUAAACCGUCUGAGGGAGAACCCGAGACUCGUGGCCUCUUGCUUGGUUGCUGGGGAAAAGCUCAGUUACGAAAACACGCACAGCGUCAUCCUCACGGUGUUCACCUCCCUCUAUGGCAACUGCAUCAUGCAAGAGGACGAGAGUUACCUCCUGCAGGUCCUGCGUUACCUGAUCGAGUUCGAACUGAAGGAGAGCGACAACACCAGGCGGCUGCUUCGCAGGGGCGCGUGCGCAUUCAGCAUUCUCUUCAAACUCUUUUCAGAGGGGCUGUACUCGGCCAAGCUGUUCCUGACGGCUACCUUGCAUGAGCCGAUUAUGCUGCUUCUGGUAGAAGAUGAAGAUCACCUGGAAACGGACCCAAACAAGCUGAUUGAGAGGUUUUCUCCCACACAGCAGGAGAAGCUAUUUGGAGAGAAAGGAAGUGAGAAUUUCAAAAGGAAGGUGCAGGAGAUGGUGGAAAGCAACGAGGCAAAGCUGGUAGCCCUGGUCAAUAAAUUUAUCGGGUACCUGAAACAGAACACAUACUGUUUCCCACAUAGCUUGCGUUGGAUUGUCUCACAAAUGUACAAAACCUUGUCUUGUGUGGAGGGACUGGAUAUUGGGGAGGUGAAGGCCAUGUGCACAGAUCUCUUGCUUGCCUACUUUAUUUGCCCAGCUGUUGUGAAUCCGGAACAGUAUGGGAUCAUCUCUGAUGCUCCAAUAAAUGAAGUGGCAAGAUUUAACUUAAUGCAGGUCGGGAAACUGUUACAGCAGCUGGCGAUGAUUGGCAGCGAGGAAGGGGAUCCACGACUGAAGAACAGUCUCUGCAAAUUUGACAAAAGUUGCGUGGCAGCUUUCUUGGACGCUAUUAUUGGAGGCCGACCAGUAGAAACUCCUCCCAUGUCCUCCAUGAACUUGCUGGAGGGACUCAGCAGGACUGUGAUUUACAUGACCCACAACCAGCUAAUGAACUUGGUUACAUUCACGCGGCAUGUCAUGCCAGGGGAUCUGCUGAGAGAGGAGGACAGGAUGGCUCUGGAGAAUCUCAUCAUUAACGUUCCUCAUCACAGGACGGGCAAGAGCAGUAGCCUUGAGCUCACUCCCUCCAGCACACCCCAGCUGUCUCCUGCAACCACUCCAGCCAACAAAAAAAAUCGCCUGCCAAUAGCUGGGAGGAAUAGGAACCGGGCGAAUGAAGCGAAAGACCAGCACCUGGAACAUGAAAGUACUUCUCAGGAGUCAUUACAGGAAGUUCAGCCUGAAGAAGUCUUGGUCAUUUGCCUGGGUAUCUCCUCCCAGGUCAGCCCUGGCAUGAUGUCGGAAAACGAGGUUCUGAGCAUGCAGCUUGCUGAGAAUGGACCGGGAGAGGUGCCUGUAGAUGAUGGUAAACUGCAUGGAAAGCCAGACAAAACGCUACGUUUUUCACUCUGCAGUGACAACUUGGAAGGAAUAUCAGAAGGGCCUUCGAACCGCUCAAAUUCUGUCUCCUCGCUGGACCUGGAGGGUGAAUCUGUCUCGGAGCUGGGAGCAGGACCGUCCGGCAGUAAUGGUGUGGAGGCUUUGCAGCUGCUGGAGCAUGAACAAGCCACAACACAGGACAAUCUGGAUGACAAGUUGCGUAAAUUUGAGAUUCGAGACAUGAUGGGGCUGACAGAUGACAGGGACAUUUCGGAGACCGUGAGCGAGACCUGGAGCACUGACGUCCUGGGCAGCGAUUUUGAUCCAAACAUCGAUGAAGAUCGACUUCAGGAUAUUGCAGGUGCAGCAGCAGAAAACAUGCUGGGUAGCUUGCUGGGUUUACCAGGCUCAAGUUCAGUGUUGCUUGACCCUUGCACAGGGUCGACCAUCUCUGAGACAACUAGCGAGGCCUGGAGUGUGGAGGUUCUACCAAGUGACUCCGAGGCCACAGAUUUGAAGCAGGAGGAGCGACUGCAGGAGCUGGAGAGCUGUUCGGGACUGGGCAGCACGUCCGAUGACACUGAAGUGAGGGAGGUCAGCUCACGGCCCAGUACCCCCGGUCUUAGCGUUGUAUCAGGAGUCAGUGCCACGUCAGAGGACAUCCACAACAAGACGGAGGAUCUGCGGUCAGAGUGCAGCUCAGAUUUCGGAGGCAAAGAUUCCAUCACCAGCCCUGAAUUGGAUGAUAUUAUUCACGGUAAGUAAAUCUAUGUGGUUUGUUUACCUCAACAAACACAGAAAUCUUUAACCAAAAACCAAAAAAAGCAGGCAAUAUCGAAUCAUAGAAUAUUACAGC